AUGGAACCAACAGAGCCUGAAAACGCAGCCGAUGACAACGGCAGCGGAAGACCACCUAAGCGACAGCGUGUCUCACGAGCAUGUGCGCCAUGUCGAUAUGCCAAACUACGAUGCAAUGGUCAGCAGCCCGCGUGCUCGACGUGCCAACAACAGAAGAAGAGCUGCACAUACGAGACCGUGAGCAAACGCCGUGGCCUCCGCUCUGGUUACGUACGCGCACUCGAAUUGUUGUGGGGUUUGACAUUUCAGGAACUUGAGAAUGCCGAGUCAGUGGUCGAUAUCUUACUUGGUCGAUUGUCAAAGCAAGAUGUCUUUUCGAGCCCUGAUCGCGCGGAACUAAACCCAGCUGCGUCCACGCUGCUUGAUCGGUGGAAGCAAAGUGACAUCUCUCGACAUCUCGAUGACUUACUUGAUGACAACGAGGAGUCCAACGACGAAGCGGGAGCGAGAACGAGCCAGGAUGAGCCUGAAUAUCUUCGACCUGACAGAACACCAGGUUGGAUAGUCAAGAGACAUCCCAAAGACGAUGGAGGAUCUAUAGCCCUCGACCUUGUCAACCCGGUUAUCAAUCCACAAGUGGAUAUAUGGAGUUAUCAGCAGGUCCCGGACACCCAUCAUAAACCUGAGGUUCAGCCUCCAAGUUAUGCCCCUCAGCUCUUACAGUUGUUCCUCAGCCAGGCGCAGUCUUGGCUACCGAUACUGGAACGCCACGUUCUCUUGAAAACGUCGUUUUUGUCGCAGAGAAACUUGUCAUCCACGCCGUCUGGCGACCGUGCCGCCUUAUGGGGUGUUUAUGCAUAUGCCUCAGCCAUGUACGGCCAUCUACUGGAUGAUGCUAGUGCGACUCAACAUGCCGAAAUACACUGCGACUCAUUCUAUGCACAAGCUUACUCAAUGCUACCGCUUGACACAGAUGUACCUUUGGAAAUCGGGUACAUCCAGUGCGCGUUACUGCUUUCGCUCACACGCUUCGGGUCUGGGGCUUUGAGAGCUUCUUGGCGGCUGGUGAGGUUGGCUUCCCAGAUGAUGGGAGAGAUGACACUGCAGCGUGGACAUCAUGUUGAACAAGACGUCUUUGCGAAAUCCUGGCUUGCCUGCUUCAUUCUUGACACGCUUACAUCUGCUUGCCUCCAGUGCGAACCAACGCUGCAUUUCAACGAUGUCGUGAAUUGGUGCAACAUCGAUCACAACGGAGUAGAAGAGUGGCAGCCGUGGCACCCACCAAGGUCAUCUGAUGCCACGUCCGCUCACUCUGGGCAGCCAUUUAACAUACCAACACAUUCUCUCAGUCUGCUUACAUUGCAUGUAAAGCUGUUGCGGAUAUUGAAUGACAACCUGCGCGCCAGAGAUCCGGCCGCAGAGAUCUCUAGAGUGGAGUUGGCGCGCUGGGAUCAGGAGCUGUUAAGCUGUCUGUCCCACGAAGGUCUGACCUCCGCCUUUCAAAAUCAGGACUGGGACAUAUUACAGCUACCACCAAGCUUUACAAGCUUGAGCAUAAUCUAUACAAGCCUAUGGGAGGGAACUUUGAGGCAGCCAGAAGACUCCAGGUCCGACAACUCCAGGUUGGCACAGGGAAUCGCCUAUCCACUUCUUUCGCGUACAAACUUACAGAAGCUAUCGCAGGAUCGCAAAGCCAGCAAACAACUGCCCACGCUACAGCUUUUCAUCCGAUAUGGGGGCAUGCUUGGUUUCGACGAACUGACUGACAAGGCCGCAUCUGGGUCUGGCCAUAUCACGGAGUUCUCUGGAGGAAUAGACAAUCGUUUACCAUCGCUGGAGCUACCGCAAAUAAGACCUGAGCCUGAUAGUCAACGCCAGACGCACCAUCUGUUCACAAACUUGAACACGAAUCCGAACCCAAAUCAGCCUGUCCAUAGGGAUACAGAAUCGGAUUCCGGAUUUCAUUCAUUCGACGGCUGCAUGGAUCCCGCGGCUGCACCCUUUCUCGAAUUUCUAGAUACGUUGGAUGACCGGCCAAUACAUGACAGUGACCUCUUCAACAAAUCUCUUGGGUUUUCGUUCUGA